CCAGGCUGGACACUGGGGCUGGAGCUCCUGGGACAGUGGGAGGUGUCCCUGCCAGGGCAGGGUGACACUGGGUGGGAUUUGAGGUCCCUUCCCCCCCAGCCCAUUCUGGGAUGCUGGGACCCCUCAGUGCUGUAAUUAGCACUGAAUUUCCUGAUGCAAUCAGAGCUGUGAGGGGGAAUUCGAGGACAGGGAAGCAAAACCAGGGAAAUGACCCCUGGCAAUGGGAUCGGAUGAGGGCAGGGCUCCAGGGAGGCCACGGGGGGGGGGGUGGGGGUGUUUAUCCCCAGGCACUGCCAUGGGUGAGGCAUGUCCUGCUGGCACCCCUGGCCUGGCAGAGCCUGUCCCACAGCAGCAGCGUUGGGGACAGGUCCCAGCAUGGCUCAGGGGGUGACAGAGCUGCGGGGUCAGCACCCACCCUGGCAGGUUUUGGACAUAAGCAAACAGAGCAAGUCCCACCUCAGCACGAGGAAGAACUUCUUUCCCUGGGGGUGGCACAGCCCUGGCCGGCGUCCCACAGCGGGUCUGGGGUUUCCCUCUCUGGGGACAUCCCAACCCCGCCCAGACACAUCCCGUGUCCCCGCUCCAGGCUGGGCUGGACGGUGCCCAGAGGUCCCUCCUGUGAUUCUGUGAACUGGUGGGAUGUCACAGUUAGAAUUUCCAAAGGCCAUUGGGGAUGUUGUGCCAGCCGGAGCUCCCUGCCCGUGCCCGUCCCUCGCCGUCCCUUUGGCAGUGCCCAGUUCAGGGCUGUCCCUGGCAGGCAGGGCAGGCCCAUCCCGUGCCCAUACAGCUUUCUGGGCAGCAGUUUGGCCAGGAUACGGAUCCAGGGAUCCACAGGGAGCUGGCCUGGCCCUGGAGCCACGGCCAGGCACAGCCGUGGUGCCACCGGGGCCACCACCCAGCCCCAAAAGGCACCAUUUGCAAAUCACAGAAUUUCAAACCAAAAAAAAGGAAAAAAAAAAAAAAAAGGAAACCCCCCCAAAAAAGCUUUUUGCCAAUCUUCUCCCUGGUCGAUUCCAGCUGAUUUAGUGGAAGUGACUGACUGACACUGUGGCAUGGGUCAGGAUUCCCGGGGUUCUGGGCACUCCUGGCACAGCCCAUGGCACGAGAGGUGGCACUGGGGCCUUUCCGUGUCCCUUGGGUGGCGGUGGCUGUGUCCCCUCCCUCCUCCUCCUCCUCCUCCUCCCUGGGCAGGGCACCCGCUCAUCACUUCGGUUUUCUACCUGUGAGUACUGUAUCCAGUUCAGAACCAACAGCUUCCUUUAGUAAAGAUUUUACCAUUUUAUAAAAGACAUGUUUAAUUAUGAUGGAGAUGGCUGUAUUGUAAUUAAUAUUUUGAGAUAAUUGUGAUUUUGAGCUUAAAUUAUAUACAGAAAUGGUCAUUUUUGUAUGUGUUCAAAGAUUGCUAUAUUCCAGAUGACUGUACUUUUCAGUUGAAUCCAGUAUCCAUGUAAAUAAAGCUGAAUGAGGAAAUAUUUACUACUUUAUUAACAUAGAUUGUGAAUGUACUUCAUGUUUUUUGCAGUAUAAAGACUUACUGAACUUGAAAGCUGCUUCAUUUUAUGUGCAAAAAGGUACUUCAAAAACUCUAUUUUAAAUCUAUUGAUUGAGUGCAAUCAGCUCCUGUCCCUCGGCACAUGCAGGUUGUCCCCUCCCCGUGCUCUGGGGCUGCUGCAUUUUGCAGCUGCUCCGUUGCAGAGGGAGCCCAGGGACUGAACCGAUGCUGUGCAGUGCAGCAGAGCCAUUUUCGGCUUUGCUGUACCCACCUUUUUCAGUAUUUCCAAAAAAAAAAGUGUUUUGAAUAACAUUAAAAAGUCUCUUUAUUGUAUAAAUAAUAAAAACGUCACCUUAUUGUAA